AUGUCAAAUCUUCUGCCAAGUUCCUUAUUUAGCAAGAAAGAGGCUAUUGUCAAAGCCGAUCCUGCUUCUUCUGACGGAUUGGCAAAUGACAAGAGCCAUAGUGUGCCGCUACCGCAAGACAAUCAUAAAGACAAGGAAAAAGACAUUGUGCCUUUACAAAGACAGACUGAGAGACGAGAUACCUCCCCGCAAUUGUCACCUAUAAUUAAUCAUCCCAAUCUACUCGAGGAAAAGAAGAAGUUUACUCGGCCCUCCAUGCUCAAUGAAACAAGUCGUCUAAGCACAUCUGUUCGCUUUCAAGACAGUAAAACUGAAGGAAGACCGAGCAUUUACUUGUUCAUUUUUGUGAAUCCUCUUUCCGGUGAUUGCAAAGGCAAAGAUUUAGUGGAGCUUCCUAUUCAGCACUUUCGAUUGAGACGAUUUCCUCAAGUGCAAGUUGAAAUACACAUCAUUCUGGAUGAACAGGACAGAAAUCUAGGCGUACAAAGCAUACAACUUGUAGAGCAAAUGGCCAAAAGCGGCCAGCUGCCGUCGCUCGAAGAUGAAGCAUUACUAGAGCAACACGACUCUGGUGUUCGUAAAAUUAGCAAAACUGUAAGAGCUCGACAUAUACAUGUGUGGAGCGCAGGUGGAGACGGAACAGUAAUGAGCGCAUUUGAGCUACUGGUUCAUCAUCAUAUCGAUCUGGACUACAUGUUUUUCUCAUGUAUUCCUUUUGGCACUGGCAACGAUUUCAGUCAGAAUCUAGAAGAGUUGAUCACUGAGCGACUGGAGAAAUCAGAAGCAGCUCGUUUGGACAUUUGGCAAGUUGAAACGACCGCUUACCCUGGUGGCUAUGUCAAAUUAGCAGGUCCACAGCGCAAAGAUGGACAUGACGUGUUGGAGAUUGAUGAACGUGAACAGCAAGGAACAUACCUCACAUUUGGUCUGGGAAGAGAGGUUGACCUUUGGGGCGAUGCCAAGUACGGAUUGGAAGCAGUUGAAGAUCGUACUGGACACAAUGAUGCACUGACUUGGACACCCCAGUUAGCCAAUGACGGAAAGCUGGAAAUUUUCACCAUAGAGAAUAUGGCCAGUUACAUCAAGAAACUAGCAAAUAUAAGACAGCAUGUAUCUCGUGUUGGCCAGUUUGAAACACCAUCCGAGAUUGUCUUCAGAGAGCCCGCCUCUUCAUCUUCCAAGCAGAGCAAGAAAUGGUGGCACAAUCUGACUAAAAAACAAGUACAAGCGAGGAAAUGUGAUUUGCAUCAUGUGCGAUGGUGA